AUGGAAGGAAAGGACAGAAGGAUUGUGAUUCUUGGAAAAGAAGGUUCAGGAAAGAGCAGCCUGGCCAACACAAUUUUUGGGGUUCAAAAUGUGUUCCCAGUGUGCAGGGUCCUUGCAACUGACCCCAGAAGCACCGAGCACAACCCUCAGCUCCUUCAGAUUAUCCAGGAGUGUUCCCCUGGACCUCAUGCCUUUCUGCUCGUCCUCAAAAUGGAGAGGUUUACUAAACAGGAGCAGGCCAUGGUAGAUUUAAUACUCAAGUAUUUCUCUGAAGAGGCUCUGAAGUACACCACUGUGGUCUUCACUCACGGCGAUGAGCUUCCAGAGGACAUGGAGAUUAAAGAAUGGAUCCGUGAAAACAAAGCUCUGAACACUCUGGUUCAGAAAUGUGGAGGCCGCUGCCAUGUGUUUGAUAAUAAACGCUGGAACAACGACCAAGACCAGUUCAGGAACAACCAGCACCAGGUCCAAGAGCUGCUCCGUACCAUCGACCAAACUGUGGCGAAGAAUGGAGGGAAAUGCUACACCAACGAGAUGCUGACAAUGAUCGAUGAUCAAAUACAGCUCGAGGUGAAGAAUAUGUCUCGUCAAAGCAACUUGACCCUGGCUGACAUUCUUGCAAAAGCGAAACAAGUGGUGUACUCCAAACUCAUGGAAAACAUGGGAGGAGCUUUAGCUGGAGUUCUGGUGGGGGCUUUUCUGGGGGCAGGAGUAAUGGUGGCACUUGUGUUGAUGUGCUCUCCAGGCUGUAAAUGCACAGUGUUGCUCAUGGAGGACCACCCGGUGUUUUUCCUGUGUCCCGAGCUGCUCCCACAGCAAGAACGAAGCGUGGAGAGCUACCCGCGCCUGUACAACAUGCAAACUUCACCAACUGUCCGCGCGCCCGCGUCUCCCAACGACUCGGCGCCUGACUCCCCUUCCAUCCUCCUCCGCAACGUCUCGCCUAUGCCCCCCAGCCCUAAUUUAAACACAAGAAGAGUGAUUCUGAUGGGGAAAAGCGGCAGCGGUAAAAGCAGCCUGGCCAACACCAUAUUUAGGGCUCCCGUUUUCCAAGUGAACCACAGCAGCGACGCAAAGGCCACCUUCUCCGAGGCCCAGACGAGAUAUCUGAACGGAUGGAACUUGACGCUGAUCGACACUCCUGGUAUUUUCAACGCAGACCGCUCCAAGGAUGAAGUGGCGCGUGAUAUAUUCAGCUGUUUGACCCAGAGUGCGCCCGGACCCCAUGCUGUUCUGAUUGUGCUUCUUAUUGAGAAGUUUACGGAGCAAGAGCAAGCCAUCAUCGAUCAUAUCCAGCUGCAUUUUGGUGAGGAGAUCUUCAAAUUCGCCACCGUCGUUUUCACUCGUGGAGACCAGCUACCAGAAGGGAUGGAGAAGACCGAGUAUGUCAAUCAAAAUAUUGGACUUAGCAAUCUCGUCCAGAAAUGUGGGAACCGCUGUCACGUCGUUGACAACAAAUACUGGAAAGACACCAAUGAAAAUGAGUAUCGAAGCAACAUGUUUCAGCUGAAAGCCAUCCUCAACUCGAUAGAAGAUACGUUUAAUAGUAACAACAAAGCCUGCUUCAUCAAUAUUGCUUUCAGGGAAGUUGAAAAGAAUAUCCAGAAGGAGCAAGAUCGCAUUCACAAGUCAGAAGUGGUUGUGGUGGUGCAGGAUGCAGUGGCACCUGUGAAAAGCACCUUUGAUUACAUUAUAGAGACCAUUGAAGCUGCGUUCAAGGGAGGCCGAUGGGGUCUUUCCAACACGACUCAAAGUAUGUAA